GUUUUUGUUUACAGUGUAUACAAGUUUGGCUCGAGCUGUGUUGUUGUGUAAACGCCUUUGUUUAUGAAAAUGAGUGGAAAUUAAAGCAGUGGUCAUGUUCACACGGAGCAGGGGUUGAAUUAAGUGUCGCCUGGAUGGUUUAUUAAUAUUAUUCUCCUGUGGUUGGGUUUAAUUUAAAUGAAGGCGAGUCUAAACACAGGCUGGAGCUCAUCAUGCCUUCGUAUGAAGAAUGGAAGAAAAACAUCUACUUCUAUUACUGUGUCAAAUUCACACUGAAUGUUUAUUCGAUGCUGUUCUCGUUGGUGGGCCUGUGUGUGCUGUGUGUGGGUGUGUAUGCCGAGGUGGAGAGGCAGAAGCACCGCACGCUGGAGGGCGUGUUUCUGGCUCCGGCUGUGCUCCUCAUCCUCCUGGGUCUUGUCAUGUUCUCCGUGUCUGUGGUGGGAAUGUUGGGUUCACUGCGCGACAACAAAACCCUGCUGCAUGUGUUCCUGAGUGUGCUGUCGGUUCUCCUGGCGCUCCAGGCUCUCGCGCUCAUCAUUGCGUUGCUGUUUGAGAAAAAGACGUCCGAACUGUUCCAGAAGAACAUCCAGCAGGGCAUCAAGCACUACUACGAUGACCUGGACUUCAAAAACAUCCUGGACUACGUGCAGGAAAAGUUCUCCUGCUGUGGAGGUGAUGAAUAUAAGGACUGGGAGGUGAAUCAGUACCACUUCUGUAACGGCUCCGGGCCCCUGGCCUGCGGGGUUCCGUACACCUGCUGCGUCCCCAACAAAGAGCCUGGAGAAGUAGUAAACACACUGUGUGGCUAUAAGACUCUUACCAAACAGCGUGAAGAUUUGGACGAUGUCAUACACGUGCGAGGAUGUAUUCAUGCUGUAAACCUGUGGAUGGGCGACAACAUCGGGGCCACUGUAGGAAUCUGCUGCGCCGUGGGGUUGCCUCAGCUUCUGGGCAUCGUGCUGAGCUGCGUCUUCUGGAACCUUCUGGUGGAGAUGAGCGAAUCCGUAGACAUGGUGGACUUCAAGAUACUCAAGAAGGCUGGAUUCGACUACAACGAACUGGACCUGUCCGGCGCCGGCUGGUGCAUGUGCCUGCCCCGUGUUGGCGGCUACCUGCCUAUGCCUUACACAGAACCGGAACCGGAACCACAGCCGGAAACAGAAGUCCUGAUCCCUGAUUUUGAUUCUGAUCCUGUGACCUUAGAGCAGGUACAGGCUGAGAUAUCCCUCAGCCAAUCGAAACAAGACAAGCCCGGGAUGGACGAGGUGGACAAUCGGGUGUAGAGGUCAGAAAGGGAACCGAAGUGCAUUUCCUUCACCUGUUUUUUAAAAAUUUGAUAGUGAUUUUAAUUUAUUUUUUACUUUGUAUUCGAGGAGCACAAGAUCUUUUAUUGCACUAACGAGUCUUGCACAACAACCCGGGUUUAAUGGAAAGGGAAACGGUUUUCUUUUGUCAAACGUAACAUAAGGGAUGUGGUUGUUUUUUUUAAUAGGAGUUAAAAAAAAAUUUAGCAACAAAAAGGGAAUGGGUUCCCCCCCCCCCACACACACACACACAUUUGUCGGGUUUCGCUUGCUGUAUUCAUCAUGUUCCUUUAACUGUGACUCAUUUGAUCAGCGAGUGAAAUUUCCCAAUCCCAGAUCCCAUUUUAAAACGUGAGCUCGGAUCAAAAUGUUCAGUUAUUUCUCUUUGUCAUUUAUUUAUUUGGGUGUAAUGCUUUCAAAGUGAACACGGGUGUGGAGCUAUGUGCAGAUGUUAGAAAUGGGGAAUUCGAUUUGACGUUGCUGCUGUUCCUGUUUACAGUCCUGCGGGUAGAAAUUAAAUUUGAGACACUAAUUCAGGACGACCUAUUGCCUUAGUCACUACCAUUAUUUUUUGUUGUUUUUGUUGUGUUUUAUUUUUUCAAUCAGUAAUACCUCAAGCUAUUUCAUGAUAGCCCUAUGUGCAAAUUUUUUUUUAAUAAGAAUAAUUUUUUAAAGUUUGAUGAUCAGUACUUGAAAAGUAAUGUUUAUAAUAAUGCACAUUUUUUUUUAUUCAGUAUUUGUGCUUUCAGUUAAUAUGCUGUAAGCUCAAGUGCAUGUGGUUUUGUAAAUGAUUUAAAAAAAACAAAUGGAGACCAUAGCUGACAUUUUCAAAGUGGUUUGAUGGCUGUAGUUUGUAUUGUUUUUUUUUAUUUUAUUUUUUUAAAGCAUUUUCUUAUGACAGAACAGGUUAUGAACAAAACUUUAUAUAAACUUCUGUCUCAAAACACACCCAGUUCUACAGUUCUCCCGUGGUUAAAGACACUUCCUGACACCUAUGUUCAUGUUCAUGAACAAACCUUCGCUCUAACGCUACAGGAAGCUUUUUUUUUUUUUUUGAGCUCUGUGGUGAAUUUGUACCACAGCACUUAGACUUUGACCUUUAACUUAAACAUGUUAAUACACACUACAGCCCUGUUUGGAUGGGAUUCGUUCUACAUGGUACACCGAGAGUAAUUCCUAAUCCAUUUGAUUUUUCAUCUGUGCCAGAAUUCUCUAAAUUUCCUAUAUUCAUGUUAAAUAUAUUAAAUACAUAUAUCACCAAAUUAUAUCAUGCAAAUUCUAGGACUGUUAUAAAUAAAUGAACAAGUAGCAGUACCUGUAUCAUUGUCCUUAAUAAUUCCUUCAUAAUUUAAUGUUAAAUGCUGCCGAUUUAUAUAAGUAAUUAUUCAAUCCACGUCCACUGGAUGUGAGCAAUCGCAUGCUCUGAUUGGCUAUUCUACUACUAGGAUAUCAGCUUAUAUACCAUGAGUAGAGAAAAACAAAAUGGCGGCGCGUGUUGCUGAACCAACAGAGGACGAAAUAAAAACUACUCGAAAACAAAUCCCUAAAAAAAAAAAAGCAACAAAAUAUGGAAUGAAAGUAUUUGAUAGAUCUUUUAAAAUUAAAUUUUCAAGAAUUAUUAUUAUUAUUAUAGCAUUUUUCACAAAUUGCUCCUGUCAUUUCACCGGUUUGUUUACAUUCUGAGCAGAAAUGAUUUUGUCGGACAUUGUGUAUAAAGAUUUUAUUAUCAAAUUUGCAAAAAAUAAAAGUUGAAAUGCUCUGUUUCUCAAAAUCCAGUGAAUGUGGAUAGAAUAAAACAGUUACUCAAUCACGUCGUACAUGGCUUAUAGUCGAGCCAUCAGCUCAUGUACGACUCGGUUUUGUGGAAUAACUGUUAAAUAUAGCUCAUAUAGCCCACAAUUCAGAAGUUCAAUUCAUAAAAUAGAGAGAGACUAAUCCCAUCUGAAUAUGGCUAUUUUAUAAAAGUUUCUUUGAAAAUUAUUAUUUUUUUAAAGUAGGCUUAUAGCAACUUUUUUUUUUCCUUCUCUCAUUCCUUCCUUGUACACUACAUUGUUCUUGUCAUUUCAGUACACAAAUGAAAGUAGCAUAUUUCAGACCCUAAACAUGUCUCGGCUGUAGAGACAGAGUGAAUUGUACACUGUGAGGUUUUUGGCUGUACUGUUCCUUUAAGCUUGUUGCUGAAGACAGAACUUUUCUGCACCACUGGCCUUAUAAAAACUCCACUGCGGUCCUCACCAAUAAAAUAUGACUGACUUGAA